AUGAUGCGAACCACCGCUCCCCCCGUCCAAGACAUCUCCCACAUCCUCAGCAAGCACUACGCCAUCGCUACCAAGUCAAAGGAAAAGAAAUACCGUCCCGGUAUAUUCAAAGCCCGCUCCGAUGAUACGAAACCUAUAAUCCCCGGCUUUCCCUUCAUCAAAGAAGCCAAGAAACACAAGACCAAGCAACUGUGGCGCUGCGCCAAUGUCACAACGGAAGCUGAGCUCGUGAAGGAAGUUGAGAUGAAAGAGUCUACUCGUACGGCCGAAACACGGCUGGCGGGUCUGCGGCAAAGGAUACACGUCGUAUACCCUGAGCACCGCCUCAUUCGGCCGAAGCUCGAGGUCGUGCUAGACUCCUUAUUGAACCACGCUCUGAAUUCGUACAGAAAGAACGAACAAAAGAAGAAGGAGAAGAAAAAGACGCGCCUCUUUUCGUCAGGGCCCAAGCCCAAUACCCGCAUCCCCGAAUUGGUAUCAAUCACUGGAGAGCGCUCGUUGACUAGGCGCCAGUUGGUUAAGGGGGUUGGUGAGUGCUGUAUCGCCACCAAGGUCGACCACCUGGUUCUCCACGGGGAGCCGGAAGAUCUCGAGGUCAGUGCCAUUAUUGUAAGAGCGAGGAAGGUUGGCGAGAUUAGGGUUGAUCUUUUGUUAGCGAACAUGGCGAGAAUCCACGAAGCGAGGCUAUUGGCCGACGAGAAGAGUACCGAGAUUUGGGGCAUCGCAACCGACUGUGAAAGGUGGACCUUUGCGUAUAUCGAUAAUAAAAGCCGGUGCUCCUACCACAGACUCACCUGGUCAUCCCACAAAAACCAAAUCGUCUCCCACAUCAUGCGAAUCUUCAGCAAGGCAAUGGACCGCGCAACCAAAGUAGCCAAGGCUUUUCGUCCGAGCCGGGCUGCAGUCUGGAGGCAGAAGGUGAAGCGGUAUGCGGGGGACCAUGAGAUCCAUCCGUCGGGCCUGCGCAUUUUCGACCGGAAGAGGAGGAAGAUUUAUUCGCGGAGAGAUGAUUUCACAGGGAAGUUUUUGGAUUUUGAGGAUGAUUGA